CCUGGCCAGAGUGAGGUCUUUGAUUCAGCACAGCAAUCCGCACAACUCAGAAUGUUUCAGAGAUUGGCAUUCAGUAAUCAAGACUACAACUCUAGUUUCUUUAAUCAAACCCAGAGUAGUUGGGGAAGUCAAGAACGUGUGAGUCAAGGUAGCUAAAGGAGUCGAGAAUAUGUUAGCUGGAGAAACUGGAGCCAAGAGCAUAGGGAGAUACUUUAAUGCCAUGGAUGCAUCUCGGUUGUGCACAUUCAGACUUGGUUCUGUGCAUGCUCAGACUUCGGAGGCACAUUGGUCGGAAGGGAGAUAGCAAUUCACCUUCGAUUCUGGAAUGAGCUUCAACAUUUGGAGAGGAUGGAAUCAGGUCUUGACGCUCAUUUCAUUUUCGUGUAAAAUCUUGUUGCCUUGGCUUCUUGCCUUGGCUUACAUGAUUGUUUGAAAUGAGGGAAUUUUUUUUUUUU